AUGGAUGAAGAUAAAGAAUAUAUUUGUAAUUUAUGUCCUAAGAAGUUCGAUUGGAAAGCUGAUCUGGUUAGACAUCAGGCACAUCACUCCGAAAACCGAUUCCCUUGUGAAAACUGUGACAAAGUCUUUACCGAUCCAAGCAACUUGCAGAGGCACAUUAGGUCCCAGCACGUUGGUGCAAGGUCUCAUGCUUGUCCUGAAUGUGGCAAAACAUUUGCGACAUCUAGUGGCUUAAAGCAGCACCAACACAUUCACAGCAGUGUGAAGCCUUUCCAGUGUGAAGUGUGUCUAAAGGCAUACACACAGUUCUCCAACCUGUGUAGACAUAAACGUAUGCAUGCUGACUGCCGACAACAGAUAAAGUGCAAGGAUUGCAACCAAGUUUUCUCUACUGUAACUUCUCUUGGGAAACACAAAAGAUUCUGUGACGGUGCUUUCAGAAACACUAUGCGAGUCUGCUACACUCCCGAAAAGUUGGUGUCGGCUAGUUUGGGUCAUAUCCCUCAAACAUCACCAAUGACGGCCUUCAUGUACACCCAACCCCGUUACCCUUACUACCGUCCUUUUAACUCUCCAUUUCCAGUAAUAACACAGCCAUUAGCAGCAAUGGCAACAGCUGGGUUUGCUCCUACCCCAGAAGCACUUUUACCCCAUGAAAAUCUUGAAAGCAAUUCUAUGUUGACAGAAAACUUGCCUGCUCCAAAAGAAGUGAAGCGUGAACUUAAACUUUCAGACAGUGACAUGUCCGAAGUAAGCAUUGGCAGUGACUUGGAUGUAAGCUCAGGAUCUGAUAUUGAAAGUGAAGGUAGUUCUUCUAAAAAGCAUGUCAUUUCAUCAUCGCCAAAUGCCAGCAAAUCUGUUGGUCACAUUGACAAAAAGGAUUCAUUGUACUUGAAUAGAAAAUGCAGCCCACUUUCAAGAAACCGAAUGGACAUUGUCCAACAUAGUAGUGCUCAGUCUAUGCCAUUUGAUUUAUCCAAGUCAAGCAAAGCGGUCAUUAAUGAAUCCCCUUCUUGCAAAUCUGGAAGUGAAGAGGAACCAUUGGAUUUAAGUACCAAAUCCAAAGAAACUGUUAAAAUAUUUGAAACACCAAGAAAGACGCACAUUUUUGGGGAAAUUAAGACAUCGCCUGCUGCCAAUACUGAAGCUAAACUUCAUUAUGCUUAUCAACUCCCGAAUUCUUACAUGGUUGAUUCUUUCUAUCCAAUUGACAAAGACAAGUUUUCUUCAUCACUCAUGACAUUGACAAGAUUUCAGUUGUCUGCUCCUGGCUAUCCUCAUAUGGGAUCAUUUGGAUUGGUCCAUCAAGAUAUGGAGAAGAACAUGCCACCUGUUGUCAAAAUGGAAAAAUCACCGACGGCAUUCCGUUAUCCUACUGGUCCGAAUAAAUAUAAAGAGAGGUACUCCUGUAAGUAUUGUGGAAAAAUUUUCCCUCGUUCAGCUAAUCUGACCAGGCAUCUCCGGACGCAUACAGGAGAACAGCCAUACAAAUGCAAGUACUGUGAACGGUCAUUUAGUAUCUCUUCAAAUUUACAACGCCAUGUACGUAACAUCCACAAUAAAGAGAAGCCUUUUAAGUGUUCUAUUUGUGGCAAGAGUUUUGGACAGCAGACAAACUUGGAUCGGCAUCUAAAGAAACAUGAAGCCCAAGGUCCAAAUGUUACUGAUUCCCCUGUACAUGAGCCAGAUCUGGACGAAAAGGAUGAACCAUAUUUUGCAGACAUACGCAAUUUCAUUGAAAACAACACCACCGCUGCCAACAUCAGUGAAGCCAUUUUGCCUGACCGAAAUGCAAAUCUGGUCAUGAAUGACCUACCUCUUAUCAGGUCACCAAAGGGCAAGGACUUUGAACAGAAGCAGGAAGAAACACUGGCACUCCCUUUGACCAAGAAAGACGGGAUUAAUUCUACUGUAGCUGCAGCAGCAAAGAAGAAUUUACUGGCUCUUAACAUGGAAGCUGAAAAUAGCAAUGAUCUGAUGGCAGAGGAUGAAGAAGAAGAAAAGAAAAUAAUCCAAGAUGAUGCAACAGACAUUUCAAUGGAGAGAGGAAACAAUGAAACUGUUUUUAUUGGCAGUAGCAAUGGCACUGGUGUAAAAUCAACAGAGUCUAUAACUGGCAACAUAUCGCCAUCCUUCAGUUUAAGCAACAAUGAUACCCCUGCAAAUCCUGAUGAAGAAGUCUCUGAUAAUGUAGACUUCAUGACAAAUGGUAUCUUUUUUUUUCUCUCUCCUUUUAUUCUUUUUUUGUAUUUAUUGUACUUUUUGUUGUUUUUUUUUAAAUUUUUCUGUUUUUUUCUUUUUUAUCUGUUUUUUCUUUUUCCUGUUUUUUUUCUUUUUUAUCUGUUUUUUCUUUUUCCUGUUUUUUUUUGUCUGUUUUUCUUCUAUUUAUCUUUUAUUUUCCCUUUUUUCUUUUCCUUCAUUUCUUUGUCUUUUCCCCCACUUUUACUUUUCCUCUUUUUUAUCUCUUUUUAUCUACUUUUCCCUUUUUUUUUUUAA